ACCACUGGGAAAUCUGGUUCAGGAAGGACAGUCGACGGGCGCAGGCAGGUCGCACACGCCAGUUUCCCACUGGCGCCCAAACUAGAGUUACUUUUGCGCGCAGAGAAACGGCGCCUCUGCACUCGGCGUUAGCGGCUUGCAGGGGCGUGACUGGGAUAGCUGACCCCAGUGUCCUGUCUUCCUUCCCCUGCUGGUUUUUCAGACUCUGAAAGCAGCGGAGCGGCCAGCCAACGCUCACUGGAGCAGGCAGCAGCAUGCGGCUGCUGCCAAGCCUGUGCGGACGCGCCCUGGUGGCGCUGAUCCUUGCCUGCAGCGUGGCGGAUGUCCAGGGAGAAGAGACGGGAUUCCCGCCGACUGGGGCCACUCCGCUCCUUUUGGGGACCAGAGAGAUAAUGACGCCCCCCACUAAGGCCUCCUGGCUGAGGGGGUCCAACGCCAGCGUGACGGGGUCGUCCGCACCGCCGCAGAUGCCUGAAACAGGGAAGCCGGGGGGAACCCCUGCACGUAUCCCUCCCCCGUGCCAUGGAUACAUCGAGAUCAGACAGUCUUUCAAGUAUAUCAACACGGUGGUGUCCUGCCUAGUGUUCGUGGUGGGGGUCAUCGGAAACGCCACCCUGCUGAAGAUCAUUUGCAAGAACAAGAGCAUGCGAAACGGCCCUAACAUCUUGAUCGCCAGCCUGGCCCUCGGAGACCUGCUGCACAUCCUCCUGGACAUCCCCGUCCAUGUGUACAAGCUACUUGUAGAGGAAUGGCCGUUUGGAGUUGUGAUGUGUAAGCUGGUGCCUUUCAUGCAGAAGGCCUCCGUGGGAAUCACUGUGCUGAGUCUGUGCGCUCUAAGUAUUGACAGAUAUCGAGCUGUUGCAUCUUGGAGUCGAAUUAAAGGAAUUGGGGUUCCCAAAUGCACAGCAGUAGGAAUUGUUUUAAUUUGGGUGGCCUCUGUGGUUCUGGCUGUCCCUGAAGCCAUUGGUUAUGAUAUGAUUACCAUCGACUACAAAGGAAAUUAUCUGCACGUCUGCAUGCUUCAUCCCAUUCAGAAAACAGCCUUCAUGAAGUUUUACUUGACAGCUAAAGAUUGGUGGGUAUUUAGUUUCUAUUUCUGCUUGCCGCUGGCCAUCACUGCAUUUUUUUAUACACUAAUGACCUGUGAAAUGUUGAGAAAGAAGAGUGGCAUGCAGAUUGCUUUAAAUGAUCACAUAAAGCAGAGACGGGAAGUGGCCAAAACAGUAUUUUGCCUGGUCCUUAUCUUUGCCUUGUGUUGGCUUCCUCUUCACGUCAGCAGAAUUUUGAAGCUCACUCUUUAUGAUCAAUAUGACCCCAAUAGAUGUGAACUUUUGAACUUCUUGUUGGUAUUGGACUACAUUGGCAUCAACAUGGCCGCCCUGAAUUCCUGCAUUAAUCCAAUAGCUCUGUAUUUCGUGAGCAAAAGAUACAAAAACUGCUUUAAGGUAAGAGUUAACCCGGGGCCACAUGUUGGAAAUAAGCUAGCAUGUUGUUUUCUGCCAGCUUCUAAUGUGAUGGUACAUACAGUAAAGCAAAACCCAACAAUGUGGCCAAAAAGAGAGGACAAUAAUUAAUUCACAUGUCACAUGGAUUUAAUCUAUUUACAAAUCACUCACAGUCUUGUUUAUUAAAUUCUUCCUAAUCACUGUUUCCAAUGCUUGUCAUCGCUAAAGACAUUUCAAACUUGGGCUUUUAAGCAAAAUCCAAAAGCAGACUCAUAUUUUCACAGUUUAACAUAUUUUUAUUUUUAUUUUUAUGUAAGUUUUAGCUCAUUUUUAUUAUCAUGUACUGAGUUUUAGUUCUUCCACCUCAUUUACAUCCUUAAUACUCUUUCUCCAUGUCAGAAUCGUGGUCUGUCAUCAUCUGCCAAAUUUUGAAACGUCACACAAAGAGUAUACAUAUGCACUAUUUAUAAUGAAAUUGUGUUCAGUAGCUUUUCUAAAAAUGUUUGGUUCAAAAUUUUAACAAACUGAUAAAGGUUAGUAAGAAAGAAACAUGAUUUCUUGACAUAAUGAAGAUCAAGAUAGGAAAAGGUGCCACUGUUUAAAACACAUUUCCCAGUGUUAAAAACUAUAAUAUAGCAAAAGACAAAAAUAGUGUUAACUAACAUGGAUGUUAAAAUGUAAAAGACUUAUAAGCAAAUUUAGCCUAUUUUCUUCUUUAUCCAUUGUUAAUAGGGGUGCAUGUUCCAACACCUUUCAGUAUUGACAGCUUACAUAUGGACAAAGGAUAUAGUUUAUAGCAAAACAUGAGUAUGCUGUAGUUAACUUUAUAAAACUGUAAUAUGACCUUAUAAAAUAUAUAUUUUGUUUUUUUAUGGUCACUUAAAGUGGCAAAUACUAUAGUCACAGAUUCCUUAUUUUGAAAAUAAAAUCAAUAAAAAUUUAAAUUGUUUUAAAUAAAAAAGACCAGCCUAUUUUUCACUGUGCAGAUAAUAAUUCAUUAAAUGCUAAUUGAAUAAGUGUUAAAGAUGUGCAAAUGUUACAAGUGGACAUUAUUUGUGUUAAGCAUAUUAUUAUCAAGAAAAUACAAAAGUUGUUAAAUUAAAAUGCCAA